ACAAACAAGUGGUUUUGGUCUGUUCAUUUCCUCCCCCCUCCCCUAAAACCCUCCCCGUCGAGCCCCUGGCUCCGAGCUCCGUCGCCGCCGCCGAGAGGACGCCUCACCGAUGGCUUUGUCUCGCUUCGGGCAGUCUCUUGCCCGCCGCCUCCACCGCCCUCUCUACCUCCCGCCGCCGCCGCUGCCGCCGCCCACAGAUUUUCAUGCCGCCGUUGCCCGAUCCUUCGCUCCGACCCACACAGCCGCAUGCUUAAGAGGUUUUGCAAGCUUGACAUACAAUGCCAGCAGCGUGAUUGGCCACACGCUGGGGGGGCCAUCGCCAGUCCACAUUGUGAAGGUUCUGGAUCUUGUUGUCCAUAUGGAUCAUACUAGACCGAUGUCCACAGUAGCGGCGUCAAAGGUGCCUCUUGGUGCCAGGAAGGUUGGUAUGAAGGUCGUCAUGAUGAGUCCUGGUUUUGUAUAUGAGCCGUACAGCCCACGGGAACGCAUUCCCUUCUGGAAAAGAUGGUUUACAUUAAGUGGCUGGAGAAGGACAAAGGAGGAUAUCAUUUUGGAGAUGAAGAAUGCAUAUGCCGUUUCAAGGUUGAGGAAGAAAACUGGGUAUACCAAAAAGCAAUUUUAUGAUCAAGCAUUAAACAUAUACAAGGAGGUUAACACUCUGAUGGCGCAUGGAGACACAUCAGCGCUCCGGAAAAUUCUGACAGAGAGGAUGCAUUCUACUAUAAAAAAUGAACUAAAGAGAAGGCAAUCCAAGUGGAAUUCUGUAUACUGGGAACUGGUAGAGCCUGCUGUGAGCAUCAGAACUUUGAGGGCUCGCAUGAUUGGCCUCGAUAAGAAGGACCUUGAUAAAGCUUUUAUACAACUUACGCUUGAGUUUGUCACUAAACAGAAAUUUGAAGCCUACAAUUCAAAGGGUGAGGUUGUGUCUGGAGACAAGUCAAAGGAGGUACUUGUGAAAGACAUAUGGGUGUUUGAGAGAUCCCUUUUUCACCCUGGAGCAUAUUGGCGUGUAUGCGGAAGGAUUAAUCUGUAAUAAUAUCCGUUUGGCAAGCACAUUUCGGUCCUGAAUGAAGUUAGCGGAGCCUUCUGGUUGCACAAAGUGUUCUCAAUAAAUUUUUGCCCUGCCCUCCUGUUUUUCUCCAGUCUGACUGAUGUCUAACAGGAUCUUCAGACACACAGACAGAAUGGUAGUCUUCAUAUUUUGUUCUCUUUCUUUGUGAUUUUAUUAGCAGAAAAUACAGCAAUUCACUUUUUUGUUAGAGAAAUAGCUUUGGGGGGGGGGGGGGGGGGGGGGGGGCAGGGGGGGCGUACUGACCCCAUUGGACGGCUUUGCAUAUCUUCACCAGAGAUAUCAGGGCUCUAUCCAGUGUAGCAACAAAGUCAUGCGCAUAUGAGGUGACGCUUGUCACAAGGGAACGCUUUUCUACCCCCUUGUUUUAGACGUUUGCCAAUUGCAAUGUACAUUACAGUUUAGCAGAUGGUGAUGCUGCUGUCACUUUUUGUUCAUAUCGUUCAUGGUACUUGGAUUCAUGAUAUUCAUGUGGAGAUGUGCUCAUGCAUGUUUGCUUCAA